AUGAAGGAGGUGAAGGAGAGGGAAGUGUUAAGGAGGGCUCCUGUAUUUCUUGUCGAGACAGGGGAUAAUGGAAGCUCCCAGACUGUGAGCUCACAAACUCUGCAGAUCCUCAUUUCUGCUUCUGCGAAGAUUCUCCAGCUGCGCGGCCAAGUAACACCCCGAUCGGUUCUGGAUCCCCUUCGGGAAGAGGAGUCCCUCCUCGGGGGCGAUGGAAACGCCCUGGGCGAGUUUUCUGGCACCAGCGGGAGUUUCAAGUUCCCACUAGCGGGGAGGGGGGGCGGCGGGCGCCCUCACAGCCCGCGUCCCUCCAGCCCAGUCCCGCCAGGAAGGGCUUUCCGCCGGGCUCCCUGUCGGAGGCCCACCCUCACGCGUCCCCACCCCGCUCCGCGACCCCCGGCGACGCGGCGUGCGGCGGUCCCGAGCGAGCGCGGGGGGCGGGGCGCGGGCGGCCCUCACGGCGGCGGCGGCGGCGGCGGCGGGGUUGGCGCUCAGGCCGCGGCGCGAGGCCGGCCGGCCGGCAGGGGGAGGCGGGGGGCGCGGGGCAGCCCCGCCUUUCCCCCCGAGGAGCCGCCGGGCGGCCAUAUUGCGGAGCUGUCUGCGGCGGUGGCCGCGCUUCUCGUCUCCGGCGGCCCAGCGCUUCCCACCGCCGCCUCUCCCUCCCUGCCGCCGCCGCGACGCCCGGCGCCGCCGCGCAGCGCCCCAGCCGCGCUCGGGGCGGGAAGGAGCCGCUCGCUCUCAGGAGAGAAGAUAAAAUUUAACAUUGGCCUCAAGGACAACUCUAAAUUUCAGUGAAGGCCAUCAGUUUGCUGGUGACAUCAGAAUUCAUAAAAGUGAAAUUUUUUGAAGAAGGUG